AUGCUGAUUGCUCUACUGAUUUCUUCUAGAAUAUUAACAACUUUGUCAUUUUCUGACGAUGAAUUUGAUUUGGUUUUUGUACAAGCUAUUUGGAGACAUGGUGAUCGAGCACCACAAUAUCCAUAUGUGAAUGAUAAAUUCACAGAAGAAGACUGGAAAAGAAUUGGAAGUGGGAUAGGGCAACUAACAUAUACAGGAGUAAAACAACACAUAAAACUUGGAGAAUCAAUACGAGAAAGAUACGUGAAAUCGGGAUUCUUACCUGAAAGUUUCGACGAAAAUGUCAUUCAGUUUCGAUCAACAAACAGAAACCGUACGAUUCUGUCAGCUGAAGCUAAUUUUCUAGGAAUGUAUCCAAAUGAAGGAAAAGUGAAACUUCCUAUUACUGUCCCCAAAAAUUAUGGAUACGACUGUAUUAAUAAUGUAAUGUGUAAAUGUAAACGAAGGGAUCUUCUUCAAAAAAUGGCGAAAGAAUUGGAAGAAUACAAAGAAGUAAUGGAGGACUCAACUACAACUUCUCUCUUCUCCAAACUAUCAGAAAUCACUGGAGAAACUAUAAAUGCUGAAAAUUUCUGGAGGAUUCCUGAUACUUUAAGAUGCGAAAAACAGAAUUUCCCCGAUGUUUUUGGAGAAAUCAAUCACUGGUAUUCAGCGGAAUUAAUGGAGAAAAUGGAAUUAUUGAACACCAAAAUCAAUCGUUUCACUUCUGGGCUGUAUAAAUCUAGAAACCUAAAUGGAUUGGAUAUCGGCAAGGAAAUCAAGAAAUUGAGAGCUGGUCCUUUGUUAUCUGAUAUUAUCAGAAGAAUGACACAGAAAUCGAAUUGUUUGAAUCAAGAAUGUCGGUCAUCGAGAAUGAUUUGUUCUCAGAAUAUUCGAGAAUUGAAGUAUCAUGCAUACUCUUCACACGACAUGACUCUAUAUUCCCUUCUCACUUCUCUUGAUCUCCAGGAUUUGACGUCAUCUGAAAUAGGUGGAUGGCCAUCUUAUGCAUCUUCUCUUUUUAUAGAGUUAUUCGUUCGAAAAAGUGAUAAACUUCCUUUCUUCCGGGUGAUCUACCGUAACCCAUCCUCUUCAUUGCCAUCAGAAUUCCUGAAUAUCACUCCUUUGAUUCCAAAAUGUCAUGGGCUAUCUCACUGUUCGUUUAAAACAUUUGAAAACAUUCACAACGAGUUCAAAAUUGAAAUGCCAACAUCAGAAUAUUGCCACAUCACAGAAGAUCUCAGAUGA